UUCAACGCGUUGCUUUAAUGCCAUCAAAACCGAAGGCUCGAAUAUGUUUCAGGAAGUUAAAGGACGAUGCAGCAACGUGUACGACAUUCCGUAUUGCAAGAUGCUUAGAAAAUACUUGUUACUUUUUGGCCAGGACCCAUACCAAGGUGACGGGAUUCGUACCGUUCUCACGAUUGUGAUGGUAACCCUUCUACUUGGUGUUAUUAUUCCAACGUCGUUUCAAUUACAUGUGUCGUUGCUUGAAAAAGAUAUGGAUGCUGUUAUUGAGUGUAUGCCGCACCUAAUAGCGAGUAUGACUACUAUUGUUAAAAUACUGAAUGGCCAUCUGAAUAAAGAAAACUUUCGAAAAUUAUACCAAUUGAUGAUAGAAGAAUGGGAAUUGUUAAAAUUGAACGAUGAACUGCACGUGUUGGAUAAAGUUAUUGAACAGGGAAGUAAACUUGCCAAUUUAUACCGAAGUACAUUGCUAGGGUGUCUAGGAGUAUUCCUAACAGUUCCAUUGAUUGCUCCCGGUUUGGAUAUUAUUGUACCCUUAAACGAAACUCGGCCACGGCAGCAAAUAUUUAGAGUAAAUUAUUUGAUCUUCGACGAAAGAGAAUAUUUUUUUAUCGUAUAUUUUCAGUUAGCCAUUGGCGCGUUCAUUAUCGUCAGCGGUAUAGUUACAAUUGAUUCUUUGUACAUGAUUAUCAUUCAUUAUAACAGUGGACUGUUCGCUGUAUGCGGAUAUCAGAUUCAGAAAGCAACGGAAAAGGACUACAACUUAGUUACUCAGAGGAGUACUACGAAUAAUCACAAACACGCGGAUUUCAAACGUUGUGUGAUCACGCAUCACAAGGCUCUCCAGUUUUACGAGAUCUUGAAGGAAAACAGUACAAACAGUUAUUUACUUCAGAUUGGCUUGAAUAUGAUAGGCAUAAGUGUAACUGCUGUCCAGACAGUUUUAAACAUGGAUACCGAUUCGACAGAAGAAGCUAUCAGAAAUGCAAUAUUUCUUGGCGCGGAACAAUUUCAUUUGUUCGUUAUCAGUCUACCUGGACAAGUGCUGAUUGAUCAUUGUUCGGAACUUGCAGUGAAUAUAUACAAUUCCAACUGGUAUAAGACGCCGGUGAAAAUUCAGAGGAUGGUUUAUCUUAUGCAAAUAAGAGCCAAUAAAUUGUGCGUAUUGACCGCUGGUGGAUUGUAUCAGAUGAACAUGGAGAAUUUUGCAUCGUUUAAAGUGUUAUUGGAUUUUGUUACGGAAGACUGGGAGACAUUAAAAAACGAAAUCCACGUACUGGACAAAAUUACCAAACAAGGGAACAGAAUUGCAAACUUGUAUAGAACCACUUUAUUGUCAUUUUUAGUAUUGUUUCUAUAUAUUCCGUUAAUUCCUCCAACAUUGGAUAUCAUUAUUCCAUUGAAUGAAACUCGUCGACGACGACUACUGUUCAAUGUUAAUUAUAUAUUUAUAGAAGUUGAUGAUCAUUUUUUCACCAUUCAUUUGCAAUUGUCUUGGACCUCCUGCAUUUGCAUAUUAAUAAUCGUCACCGUAGAUUCCUUAUACAUGCUUAUCAUUCAUCAUGCUAGUGGAUUAUUUGACGUAUGUGGUUAUCAGGUUGAAAUGGCGACCACAAAUAAUAAUUUAUACCCAAAUGAAACUGCAAUGGAGAACAACAGAUACAAACAGUUUAGACGAUGCGUAAUUACACAUCAUAGAGCUCUCCACUUUUUCAUCACUUUACAGAAAUGUAGCCAGAUCUUGAAUUUGGUGCAGGUCGGAAUAAAUAUGGUGCUCAUCAGCAUCACUGCUGUUCAAGUAAGAACAAUUUCACCCUUGUAUAUCAAUGAUGUAGAUCUUCAUACAUUUAUUUUACAGAUUAUUCUGUAUAUGGAUCAACCUACAGAAGUUAUGAGAUUUGUCUUGUUCCUUGCUGCACAGAAAUUUCAUUUGUUUUUUAUCAGUCUAUUUGGACAAAUCUUACUGAACCAUGCUUUAUUGUUACCAGAAACCGUAUACAGCUCGAAGUGGUACGAGAUGCCAGUAAGAUUUCGAAAGGUACUUUACACUAUGCAAAUAGGAUGCAACAGACCAUGUAUUUUGAGCGCAGGAGGAUUAUACGAGAUGGACAUUCAAAACUUUGGAAAAACAGUUAAAGCGUGCAUGUCGUAUUUUACAAUGUUUCUGUCAAUGAGAGAAUGAUC